GCAGAACUCAAAAGGAUCUCCGAGACAAGUUUGUGCGUGGUGUGGGCGCAUCGCUCCGGGACUGCAGCUCGCUUGUCAGGCAGUAAAGCUAACUUUGGAGCCAUCGUCCCAUCACCCAUGUCUACUGUAAAAACUGAAUCGAUCCUGAGGGUCUCGCUUAAUGAGACGAGCCUUAAAUUCUACUUACUGUAAGAAAGGAUAUUGUUGCUGCUGGCUAUUUUUCCUCUGUCUUUCUAUGACUGAGGUUACAACCAGGAUGCAGGAUCCGUGCGGCCAAUUGGAGCUUCUGGGCAUGCGGAAACGCCUUUUGAUUUUUUGAGUGGCGUCUUUUAGCGCCAAUCACGACUGCCAUUGCGUAGCGCGGGAGGCGGUCCUCUGACGAGAAACGGCACCGUGGUAGCCAAUCAGGACGGCCGCCUCCCUGGGUUGGCCAAUCGGAACAAUCGUGGGGCGGGCCUCGUAGGGCUCGCGGUGUUCCGUUGAAUUCCAUUGCCGACCAUUAAAAGAAUCGGGACUAGAGUACUUGUGAACUGGACGUACCAUGGAUCUACCACACAAACGGGGAUAGACGCAGAGGCAGACAUUCUUGAUAAUAAACAAGAUCACGGCAAACGAAUUGCCUACACGGAUUGUCCACCAUUCCCCGUUUGCCCCCUGGAUUUAUGGCGUGGGUGGCUGUGUAGCUAAGUCACUUAAAUCGGACCAAUUUCUGGACAAUUCUCGCGUCUCGGACACGUUUCGUCGUUUUUAAAAAAAAGACAAUAAACUGAAUGUUGUUUCUGUCAUGAGUCCAGCCGGGUGUUCCCAUGUGAACGGUUUUAAGGUGGAUAACUGGAAGCAGAACCUACGAGUGAUAUAUCAGUGCUUUGUGUGGACCGGGACUGCCGAAACCAGGAAACGCAAGGCCAGGUCGUGUAUGUGUCACAUGUGCGGGGCCCACCUGAGCCGGCUGCACUCCUGCCUGCACUGCGUCUACUUCGGCUGCUUCACCCGGAAACACAUCCACGAGCACGCCAAGAACAAACGCCACAACCUGGCGAUAGACUUGUUGUAUGGUGGUAUUUAUUGCUUUGUGUGCCAAGACUACAUUUACGACAAAGACAUGGAACAGAUUGCCAAAGAGGAACAGAGAAAAGCCUGGAAGUUACAAGGCGUAGGGGAGAAGUAUUCAACCUGGGAGCCGACCAAGAGAGAGCUGGAGUUAUUACGGCACAAUCCCAAACGCCGGAAAAUCACCACAAACUGCACAAUCGGUCUGCGGGGGCUGAUAAACUUGGGGAACACCUGCUUCAUGAACUGCAUCGUGCAGGCCCUCACCCACACGCCCCUGCUGAGGGACUUCUUCCUGUCCGACCGGCACAAGUGUGAGAUGCAGUCCAACUCCUGCCUGGUGUGCGAGAUGGCCCAGCUCUUCCAGGAGUUUUAUUCAGGGCAUCGCUCCCCUCACAUCCCGUUCCGGUUGCUGCACCUGGUGUGGACUCACGCGCGCCACCUGGCGGGCUACGAGCAGCAGGACGCCCACGAGUUCCUCAUCGCCGCCCUCGACGUGCUGCACCGCCACUGCAAGGGCGACGACAAUGGGAAGAAGGCCAACAACCCGAACCACUGCAACUGCAUCAUCGACCAAAUCUUCACUGGGGGGCUGCAGUCUGACGUCACCUGCCAAGUGUGCCAGGGCGUCUCCACCACUAUAGACCCGUUCUGGGACAUCUCGCUGGACCUCCCCGGCUCCUCCACCCCCUUCUGGCCCCUCAGCCCUGGGGGCGACGGGGGGGUCGUCAACGGAGAGAGUCAUGUGACCGGCCCCACCACACUCACAGACUGCCUGCGAAGGUUCACCCGGCCGGAGCAUUUAGGAAGCAGUGCCAAAAUCAAGUGCAGCGGUUGCCAUAGUUACCAGGAAUCCACCAAACAGCUGACGAUGAAGAAGCUUCCCAUCGUAGCCUGUUUCCACCUGAAACGGUUUGAGCACUCUGCGAAACUGCGGAAGAAGAUCAGCACGUACGUCUCCUUCCCCCUGGAACUCGACAUGACCCCCUUCAUGGCCUCCAGUAAAGACAGUCGGAUGAAUGGACAAUACCAGCAGUCGGUGGACACGUUAAACAAUGACAAUAAGUAUUCUCUGUUCGCGGUGGUGAAUCACCAGGGCACCCUGGAGAGCGGCCAUUACACCACCUUCAUCCGGCAGCACAAGGACCAGUGGUUCAAGUGUGACGACGCCGUCAUCACCAAGGCCAGCAUCACCGACGUGCUGGACAGUGAGGGGUAUCUGUUGUUCUAUCACAAGCAGUUCCUUGAGUACGAGUAGAAGAGUAUCAUCUUCCUCCUCCUCUUCCUCGUCCUCCCCAGCCCAUAGCCAGGACUUCACCAGUGUCCAGAGCCAGAGAAAGUGGGAGCGUGGAGCUAAAUCUACACAAACUCUACAGAAGAAAAUAAUAAUAAUAAUAAAAGAAAAAUUAUACACAACCUACCUGAAAACAUUUGCUAUUAACGAGAAUUAAUAUGGGAAAGAAAAGAAAACCUAAUCAUGCAAAAAAAAGAAAAAGAAAAAAGAUUAUAUAUAUAUAUAUAUAUAUAUAUAUAUAUAUAUAUAUAUAUAUAUAUAAGCACUGAGCUACCAGCAUCUGCUACAACUGGACAGGAAGUGGACGGAUUGGAGCAGGAAGUGAUGAAGACAUGGGGGGGCUCUGGAGGAGGAAGAGGAGGAGCUUUGUUACUUUUGCCUUCCUGUGGGCGGGGCAGAAUGACGGACAGACAGAUGGACGGACAGCAGAGUUGUGAUGGAAGACAUUCUUUUUUUUUUCUUUUUUUUUCUUUUUUUCCUCCCACCCACCCUGCUGGUUUUGUGUUCAUAUGCACAUGGGUCUGAAUGCAAAAAAAAAACAAAAAACAGAACACAAUGGUAUUAAGAACUUGUUUAUUAUAAAUAUAACAAUUAUUAUUUGUGAAUUUUUUUCGUUAUGAGAUACUGUAUGGAUUCUAUUACACAUCUAUUUUUUAAGAAAAAGAAAACUAAAGAAAAUCCUUGGUUGUUGGGCAAAGGUGGAUAAAACGAAAUGUUGGAGCGCCGUUUCCAUAGAGGCUAUAUCCAUGGACACGGGGGGGCAGUUUUGAGGCCUUGCUCUAAGCAGUGAGGGGGCGUGGCCAGUUCUGAUUGGAGGAUGGGGCUGAAGGGGCAGGGAAUACACAUAUAUAUAUAUUUUUUAAACCGGCUGAUUUCCUGUUUAUGAUUACCUCCGCUCAACCACCACCCUGCCCCCCUCCCUGAGGGUUUUCACUUUGCGUUUGUUGCAGUGUCUGUGUCUGUACCAAUCGCUUAUUCUCUUUCAUCUAUUACCUGCUCCUGGCCCCGAAAUCGAUCGAGAUCCACCAUCUUUAAGGACAUUCCAACCCGUUAAUCAGAAGAAGAUAGAAUCAGAAGUUCCAAACUUUCUGUUGAGCAAGAAAACAGCAGCGCAUCCUUUGUGGAACUACUUUUUUUGGAAAGCCUGACGUAUAGAUGAUCGACCUGUGGAUCCACCUCUCCCCAUCUGCCACGUCUGUAAAUGACCUGUGGAUCCACCUCUCCCCUUCUGCCACGUCUGUAACUGACCUGUGGAUCCACCUCUCCCCAUCUGCCACGUCUGUAACUGACCUGUGGAUCCACCUCUCCCCGUCUGCCACGUCUGUAACUGACGUAGCUUCGAACUUAAGUUUGAAGGAGCGAGGACAUUGCGUUUGCCGAAUUAUUACAAAUUUUUUUUCAUCUUUUCCUGUCCUCUGCCUUUGGGUGGAGAUUGGGGCAGAGGGAUUGGAAUGAGCCUCUGUGCUCCU